AAGUGCAAGCAACCUGGUGGCAAACAAGCAAUUUUCCCCGCACAAAGCCCCCGUCUCCUUCCCCAAACCAAAUCAGAGCAGCCAAACCCUAGGGCAAGAUGCUGGGCGGGCUGUACGGCGACCUGCCGCCGCCCUCGUCGGCCGGCGACGACGACAAGGCUUCCACCGCCUCCGUGUGGUCCAGCGCCACCAAGAUGGCGCCGCCCACCCUCCGCAAGCCCGCCUCCACAUUCGCCCCUCCACCGUCCCUCCUCCGGAACCAACAUCCGCGCCCGCCCAAGGCCGCUUCCACCCCCGCUCCCCCUAUCGAGGCCGCCGCCUCCUUCCAGCCCGCCUUCGUCGCGGUCCAGUCCACCGUGCUGGAGGAGUACGACCCCGCCAGGCCCAACGACUACGAGGACUAUCGCAAGGACAAGCUCCGGCGGGCCAAGGAGGCCGAGCUGAGCAAGGAGCUCGAGCGGCGGCGGCGGGAGGAGCAGGAGCGGGAGAAGGAGCGCGAGCAGCGGGAGAGGGAGGCCCGCGAGCGCGAGGAGAGAGAUUACCAAUCCAGGGCAUCCUCCCUUAACAUCUCCGGCGAGGAGGCGUGGAAGCGGAGGGCAGCGAUGAGCGGCGCCUCUGCUGCUCAGAGGACCCCCUCGUCCCCGCCGCAAGUGGAUGGGUUCGCCAUCGGGAGCUCCUCGUCCGCUGGCUUGGGCGUGGGAGCUGGCGGCCAGAUGACUGCCGCCCAGAGGAUGAUGGCCAAGAUGGGGUGGAAGGAAGGCCAGGGGCUCGGCAAGCAGGAGCAGGGGAUCACCGCACCGCUAGUUGCUAAGAAGACCGAUAGGAGGGGAGGGGUUAUUAUUGAUGAGAGCAAUUCGAGGUCAGAAAAGAAGCCAAAAUCCGUCAACUUUGAUGGCCAGCCGACAAGAGUUUUGCUGCUCCGCAACAUGGUCGGUCCUGGUGAGGUUGACGAUGAGCUGGAAGAUGAGGUGGCAUCAGAGUGCGCCAGGUAUGGUACGGUGUCGCGCGUGCUGAUCUUUGAGAUCACACAGGCAAACUUCCCUGCUGACGAGGCUGUAAGGAUCUUCAUACAAUUUGAGAGGGCAGAAGAAGCAACAAAGGCGAUGAUUGAUCUGCAAGGGCGGUUCUUUGGUGGGCGUGUGGUGCAGGCAUCCUUCUUUGACGAGGAAAAGUUUGGGAGGAACGAACUUGCUCCGAUGCCAGGGGAAGUACCAGGGUUCUUUGACUAAAGAAUGAAAUGUUGAUGUGGUAUCAGAUCAGAGGUCAUUCAAGAUGAUGUUCACAUGUCAGGUCUUCCACUGGCUCAUGUCUUUCAUUGAAUGUUUUUGAGUUGUGGUGGUGUAUGAUUCUUGAAUACUCUUUGAGUCGUUAUUGACCCUUAUGGCCUUACGCAAUCAGUGUAUGCACACCGAGAUUAGUGUGCCAUAUAUUUGUAGAAUGUUAAACUGUAGUGUGUCAUACUUUGUGUUGUUCCAUUUGUUCUGGGGAGUCAUCAGUCACUCUGCAAAAGCAGAUUGAGGAAGACAACGAUAUUGCAGAGUAGAAAGGAUUGUGAUUCA